AGUGGGGUCACAGGCAGCAAUGUGCAAUAAUGGAGAAGUGGAUUGGUUGUGUAUAUGUUUCCCUGGCUAACCUGAAUCCCUCAGCUUUAAAGACCAUAGAAGUGAGGGCCAGAAAGUCUGUUCUCUGAUAGCAUUCGAAGGAGCUUGAAGAAGAGACUACCCUGCUAAGGCUCUCUCCUCAACCUGCUGGGCUAGAAAUCAGAUUUCAGGAGUCCUGUGUCUAUAUUUAUAUACCAAAGGAAAUUUCCUUGAUCACAGACACCACUGGUGCACUGAGACCACUGGUGUUCUUCAGCCAAUGACACCAAGUUUCAUGAGCUGAUUGUUAAAUAUUCAGAAAUUUUUUGGUAAGCUGACUAUUAAAAUUUUGAUAGUUCAACAUCAGUCACGGUGGGAAUAUUUACACUUUAUAAAUUGGCAAAUGCCACAUAUCAAGGCUCUUCUGCUUCCCUCUCUGAGAGCUGAUCCACCAGCCCAACUCUGACUGGGAGAGCAGUGUGAACAAGACCAGUCCUCAUGGCACCCAGGAGCAAGGAGACAGCCCUUAAGAAAGAAGGGUCAUCGCAAAGGCUCAGGAGAUGAUCAAAGGCCAGCUCUGACUGCUUUGCAAAGUGGGAAAAGGACUGAUUUAAAUUUAUUUGGAAGCAUUGCAAAAAAUUAAGAUCAUUAGAUUCCUAGACCUCUCUCCCUGUUUUCUCAAAUCAAAAUCAUCAGUGUUUAUCAGGCCUAUUUUGUUUAAGCCCCUGUACCAGAUAAUAUAGGAAGUAAUGGAAAAGAAUAAGCCCCAGUCCCCAAGUUGAAAGACUCCUCUAACAUAAACACAUUUAAAGUUAAAUGGAGGGACGCCUGGGUGGCUCACUCAGUUAAACGUUCAACUUCAGCUCAGGUCAUGAUCUUACAGUUUAUGAGUUUGAGCCCUAUGUUGGCAGCUGCACUGAUAGCGUGGAGCCUGCUUCAGAUUCUCUCUCUCCCUCUUUCUGCCCCUCCCCUACUCAAGCUGUCUCUGUCUCUCUUAAAAUAAAUAAACUUAAAAAAAAAUAAAUGGAAACAUAAACCACAAUCUAAGGUAGCAAUAGAAAAGUUGUCCAGAGGUACUGCCCAGUGGGUAAAUUUGUGUGAUUAUUUGUUUAAGGUUGGUUCUCACCCACUAGAUUAUAAGCUCCACAAAGGCAGGACCAUGUCUUCUUGGUUCACCUUUGUCACCCAAGGACGUGGCGCAUAGCAGGUGCUCAGUAAAUAUGUGUUGUCAGAAAGCAUGAUGACCUGGGCAGGAAGUACAGUAUGUGUGCAUGAGAAGGGUACUUCCACAUGGAAAAUGCUCAGGAAGGGGGAGGGGAUGGGCAGAGAAGAGACAGAAUUCAAGAGUAGAAAUAAAAAGCAAAAGUCAUGCCUAGAAUAUGGAAAGAAUGGGAGAGGGCAGUUUUUUGGUUGAGUGGAAGGUCUGGGUAGAGAAGUGGUAAGAGAUGGGGAAAGAAAUAAAGUUUGAAUGAUGUGUUCUUUUAAUUGAGCAUCUAUAAUAUUUGGGGCAUGGAUGUGGUGAUCCUCCCAACUCCGCAAGCUGCGUAUUAUUCCCGUGUUACAGGUAAGAAAUCCAGACUUGGAAAGAUGAAAUCAUUUUUCUAGUAUUACACAGACAGCAAAAACAGGAGCCUAGGAACCAUGAAACAUCAGAACCUGUGCUCGUUCUAAUCCUGCUCAGUGUCUCCUAGCAAGAUGGAGGAGAGCCUUGAAUGGCAGGCUGUUGGAAAUGCCAAGACCACCCGCAAUGACAACAGUAGUCGGUUUGGGAAAUACACAGAAAUCAGUUUUGAUGAGAGAAAUCAGAUUAUAGGAGCCAACAUGAGAACUUACCUGCUGGAGAAAUCCAGAGUUGUCUUUCAAUCAGAAAAUGAACGAAAUUACCACAUUUUUUACCAGCUCUGUGCAUCUGCGCAGCAGUCGGAAUUUAAACAUCUUAAAUUGGGGAGUGCAGAGGAAUUUAAUUACACAAGAAUGGGAGGCAGUACUGUCAUUGAGGGUGUGAAUGACAGAGCAGACAUGGUAGAGACUCAGAAGACCUUCACACUGCUGGGUUUCAAGGAAGAUUUGCAGAUGGAUGUUUUUAAGAUCCUAGCAGCCAUCCUCCAUCUGGGCAACGUGCAGAUCACAGCGGUGGGCAGCGAGAGAUCCUCAGUUAGUGAGGAUGACACUCACCUGGAGGUGUUCUGUGAGCUCCUUGGCCUGGAGAGUAGCAAAUUUGCUCAGUGGCUAUGCAAUCGGAAAAUCAUUACAACCUCUGAGACGGUGGUAAAACCCAUGACCAGGCCCCAAGCUGUCAACGCCAGGGAUGCACUGGCCAAAAAGAUCUACGCUCACCUGUUCAACUUCAUUGUGGACAGAAUUAACCAAGCGUUGCAGUUUUCAGGCAAGCAGCACACUUUUAUUGGUGUUUUGGACAUUUAUGGUUUUGAAACCUUUGAUGUGAACAGCUUUGAACAGUUUUGCAUCAAUUACGCUAAUGAAAAGCUGCAACAGCAGUUUAACCUGCAUGUCUUUAAACUUGAACAAGAAGAAUAUAUGAAGGAAGAUAUCCCUUGGACUCUGAUAGAUUUUUAUGACAACCAACCAGUUAUUGACUUGAUUGAAGCAAAAAUGGGCAUUUUGGAGCUACUGGAUGAAGAAUGCUUGUUACCACAUGGAACUGAUGAAAACUGGCUUCAAAAGCUAUACAAUAAUUUUGUCAACAAGAACGCUUUGUUUGAAAAGCCCAGAAUGUCAAAUACAUCCUUUAUCAUCCAGCACUUUGCUGAUAAGGUAGAAUAUAAAUGUGAAGGUUUUCUUGAGAAGAACAGAGAUACCGUAUAUGAUAUGCUGGUUGAAAUCUUGAGAGCAAGCAAGUUUCAUCUCUGUGCCAGCUUUUUUCAAGAAAAUCCAGUUCCUCCUUCCCCUUUCGGUUCAGCGAUCACAGUUAAAUCUGCAAAGCCAGUCAUCAAGCCAAACAACAAGCAGUUCCGGACCACAGUGGGGAGCAAGUUCCGCAGCUCUCUGUACUUGCUCAUGGAAACCCUCAAUGCAACCACACCCCACUAUGUCCGAUGCAUCAAGCCAAAUGAUGAAAAAUUACCCUUCGAAUUCGACUCUAAAAGGAUUGUUCAGCAGCUGCGAGCCUGCGGUGUUUUAGAAACAAUUCGCAUUAGUGCACAGAGCUACCCUUCCAGGUGGACAUACAUUGAGUUCUACAGUCGCUAUGGUGUGCUCAUGACCAAGCAGGAGCUUUCGUUCAGUGAUAAAAAGGAGGUGUGCAAGGUGGUUUUACACAGGCUCAUCCAGGAUUCUAAUCAGUACCAGUUUGGUAAAACCAAAAUUUUCUUCAGAGCAGGACAAGUGGCUUAUUUAGAGAAACUCCGAUUGGAUAAGCUCAGGCAGAGUUGUGUUGUGAUACAAAAGCACAUCCGUGGCUGGCUCCAGAGAAAAAAGUUUCUCCGAGAAAGACAAGCUGUCCUGACAAUCCAGCAGUACUUCCGGGGUCAGCAAACUGUGAGGAAAGCUGUUACCGCAACAGCCUUAAAAGAAGCAUGGGCAGCCAUAAUCAUUCAGAAGUACUGUCGUGGAUAUCUUGUCCGCAGUCUCUACCAGCUGAUUCGUGUGGCCACCAUCACCAUCCAGGCCUACACCCGAGGACUCUUGGCGAGGAGGAAGUAUCGGAAGAUGCUGGAGGAGCACAAGGCUGUGAUCCUUCAGAAAUAUGCACGGGCAUGGCUGGCCAGGCGCAGAUUCCAGAGUAUCCGACGAUUUGUGCUCAACAUUCAGCUUACUUACAGGGUCCAGCGUUUGCAGAAAAAGUUAGAAGAUCAGAACAAAGAGAACCAUGGGCUGGUGGAGAAAGUGACCAGCCUGGCUGCUCUUCGAGCCGGUGACAUGGAGAAGAUUCAGAAACUGGAAUCAGAACUGGACAGAGCAGCUACCCACAGGCACAAUUAUGAGGAGAAGGGGAGGAAAUACAAGGCUGCCAUGGAAGAGAAAUUGGCAAAGCUUCAGAAGCAUAAUUCAGAACUGGAAAUACAAAAAGAGCAAACAGAGCUGCAGCUUCGAGAGAAGACUGAAGAGUUGAAAGAAAAAAUGGACAACCUCACCAAGCAGCUCUUUGAUGAUGUGCAAAAAGAAGAGCGACAAAGAAUACUUCUUGAAAAAAGUUUUGAACGGAAAACACAAGACUAUGAGAAGCAGAUCUGCUCUUUGAAAAAAGACAUUCAAGCUCUCAAGGAUGAGAAAAUGCACCUGCAGCACCAACUGGAGGAAGAACGUGUCACCUCCGAUGCCUUAAAGGGGGAGGUGGCCCAACUGAGCAAGCAGGCAAAGACAAUCUCUGAAUUUGAAAAGGAGAUAGAGCUACUUCAGACACAGAAGAUAGAUGUGGAGAAACACGUGCAAUCACAAAAACGGGAAAUGAGAGAAAAGAUGUCCGAGAUCACCAAACAACUUCUUGAAAGCUAUGACAUUGAAGAUGUAAGAAGCAGGCUCUCUUUGGAAGAUUUGGAACAUUUAAAUGAGGAUGGAGAACUUUGGUUUGCUUAUGAAGGACUGAAGAAAGCAACACAUGUUUUGGAAAGCCAUUUCCAGUCCCAGAAGGAUUGCUAUGAAAAGGAGAUUGAAGCUUUGAACUUCAAAGUAGUGCAUCUAAGUCAAGAAAUCAACCACCUGCAGAAAUUAUUUAGAGAAGAGACUGACAUCAAUGAAAGUAUCCGUCAUGAAGUUACCAGGCUGACAUCAGAAAACAUGAUGAUACCAGACUUCAAACAGCAAAUUUCAGAGCUGGAGAAGCAGAAGCAAGAUCUGGAAAUCCGCCUGAAUGAACAAACUGAAAGCAUGAAAGGAAAACUGGAAGAAUUGUCUAACCAGUUGAAUCGCAAUCAAGAAGAGGAGGGAACACAAAGAAAGACCUUAGAGGCCCAAAAUGAAAUACACACCAAAGAAAAAGAGAAGCUGAUCAGUAAGAUUCAAGAAAUGCAGCAGGCCAGCGAGCUCUUGAAGAAGCAAUUUGAAAGUGAAAGUGAAGUCAAGAGUAGUUUCCGACAGGAAGCAUCUCGGCUCACUAUGGAAAACAGGGAUCUUGAAGAGGAGUUAGACAUGAAGGACAGAGUGAUUAAAAAGCUCCAAGAUCAAGUUAAAACUCUAAGCAAGACGAUUGAAAAGGGCAAUGAUGUGCACUUGUCCUCAAGACCCAAGGAGUAUCUUGGAAUGCUGGAAUACAAGACAGAAGAUGAGGACAAGCUCAUUCAAAACCUCAUUCUCGACUUGAAGCCUCGUGGUGUGGUGGUGAACAUGAUCCCAGGGCUGCCCGCUCACAUCCUGUUCAUGUGUGUGCGCUACGCAGACUCUCUAAAUGACGCCAACAUGCUCAAGUCCCUCAUGAACAGCACCAUUAGUGGCAUCAAGCAGGUGGUUAAGGAACAUUUAGAAGACUUUGAGAUGCUAUCUUUUUGGCUUUCCAAUACAUGUCAUUUCCUCAACUGCCUAAAGCAGUACAGUGGUGAAGAGGAAUUCAUGAAGCUUAAUAGUCCACAUCAGAAUAAGAACUGCUUGAACAAUUUUGACCUUUCAGAAUACAGACAGAUUCUUAGCGAUGUGGCAAUACGAAUAUAUCAUCGGUUCAUUGUUGUAAUGGAAAAUAACAUUCAACCAAUAAUAGUGCCGGGCAUGCUGGAGUAUGAGAGCCUGCAAGGCAUCUCCGGCCUGAAGCCCACGGGCUUCCGGAAGCGGUCAUCUAGCAUAGAUGACACGGACGCCUACACCAUGACCUCUGUCCUGCAGCAGCUGAGCUACUUCUACAGCACCAUGUGCCAGAACGGCCUGGACCCUGAGCUGGUGAGGCAGGCUGUGAAGCAGGUCUUCUUCUUGAUCGGGGCAGUCACCCUGAACAGCCUCUUCCUGCGCAAGGACAUGUGCUCCUGCAGAAAAGGGAUGCAGAUCAGGUGCAACAUCAGCUACUUAGAAGAAUGGCUUAAAGAUAAGAAUUUGCAGAACAGCUUGGCUAAGGAAACUUUGGAGCCUCUCUCUCAGGCAGCCUGGUUGCUUCAGGUCAAGAAGACCACAGACAGCGAUGCCAAGGAGAUCUAUGAACGCUGUACCUCACUGUCUGCUGUGCAGAUCAUAAAGAUCCUUAAUUCAUACACACCUAUAGAUGACUUCGAGAAAAGAGUGACUCCAUCCUUUGUUCGCAAAGUACAGGCUCUCCUAAAUAGCCGGGAAGAUUCAUCACAGCUGAUGUUGGAUACAAAAUAUCUCUUUCAAGUUACCUUUCCUUUUACCCCCUCUCCAUAUGCUCUGGAAAUGAUCCAGAUCCCCAGCAGUUUUAAGCUAGGUUUUCUCAAUAGAUUAUAGCAGGAGAAAGGAGAGGAAAUGUAUGUUUCCCUCAGAAGCCAAAUGAAGGUCAAAUAUGAGGGAUGUGGUUGUUAAUUGGAACUGGAAAUGCUUUGGAAUGUGAUGUAAAGAAGCAAAGAAGAAUUCUCCAAGAUGGGCCACAUCUUCUCUUGUUCCCCGUGAUGGUGCUGCCACUGUCAUUUUGUAAGAGUUAACACACACCAGCUGCGGUUGGAAAGGCCAUGUCUACCUUCUGAAUCACAGCCAGCUUUUACUGGAAUUCCUCGAAGGCCCAUGUUUUCUUCCAGGUGCCUCUUGUCUAGAUCUGUUUUGUGACAGGGCUCCCCUCAAAGGGAGUAUGACCUGGGGACACAGUGCCCCCUAAGUUUACUAAUGUUCAUGUGAAGCCCAGGUACAUUUAUGAAGCCGUGAGUGGGUUCCAGGGCUGAGUCUUCCAGGAAAUAAUCCCAUUUGGCCACAAUGCCCUGUCUAAAUUCCUCUCACCCCAUGCCUCCUGCCCAGGGUGGGAGGGGUGGGGUUCACUGUCACUAAAAAUGCUCCUGCAUGAAAAAAUAUUUAUUAUUUAAGAGCCCUCUAGUUUUUAGGCAAAUAUUCAGUCUGAAAUGAAUCACGUGAAGUGUUAUAUAUAUAUCUACCUAAAACGAAUAUAUUAUUAAAAUUAAUUGCCAGAGCAUUUACCACCUCUUCUGAAAGAACAUUUCUUUAUGUUUUAUCUGCCAACAUAUUGGCCAUAUGUUUUUCAUUGUUCAAUAUCGUUCGUGCAACAGCUUCUCUAAAAACUAAGUUUAAAAGGCAACCUAGUUGGUUUUCUCUCCCUUUUCAGCAUUCAAAUGUUUUUAAAUUUUCCCAUAAAAAAAAAAAAAACUGAAGAAUUAUGUCAGUUCUUCCUGUUGAGAAACCAGUAUUUCCCAAGUUUCAUGAAAACCAACCAUCCCUUGUCCCCCCAGACGUUCUCAUUCCUUCCUUCAGAGCCUGUGAUGUUGCACUGCUAGCCUGUGCCGUGUGGCCCAUUCCAAGAAUCCAACCAGCCCUCCUGUCUCUGACAGACUCACAGGCACGAGCUGUGGUUCUGUCCCACAGAUCUAUGUCUUAGGAGUGAUAAUACAUGAUUAUGAAGCAACAUCACCCUAUUAAUAUGUAACAAUGCCUUUUCAUAUUAUAAAUGAUUUAGUUCUUUUAGAUACGUUGUAUAUGAAGAAAUGAAAAAGUAGAACUUUUAAAUAUUUUAAUCAAUAAAAUAAAUUACCAAA